CAGGGGCAGAGAGAGAGAGAGAGAGAGAGAGAGAGAGAGAGAGAGGAGACGAAUCCGGGGAGCGGUAUGGCGUCGUCGGAGGCUCGGGUCUCCGGCGAGGGUUCCGUCGAUGUGGGCGUGGAGAGGGGGGAGGCGGCGGCGGCGGCGGCGCAGGGGAUCAUGGAGCGGAUCCGAUCGGAGGACGUGGAGUGCCGGAUCCAGGCGGCGAGGGAGAUCCGGCGGCUGACGAAGACGUCGUCGAAGCACCGGCGGCAGCUCUCCGGUGCCGUAGAGCCCCUCAUAUCGAUGCUCAUGUCUGGGGACCCGGAGUCCGGCGAGACCGCCAUACUUGCCCUUCUGAAUCUUGCCGUCAAGGACGAAAGGAACAAGAUAAAGAUAGUGGAUGCUGGUGCACUUGAGCCACUUAUUGGAUUCCUGCAGUCAACAAAUCUAAGCUUACAGGAGUAUGCCACUGCUGCUGUCCUUACCCUCUCUGCUUCUUCCUUAAACAAACCCACUAUUAGUGCUGCUGGUGCCAUUCCCCUCCUUGUCAAAAUCCUUAGAGAUGGAAACCCACAAGCCAAGAUUGAUGCUGUUAUGGCUCUCUACAAUCUCUCCACAAUUCCAGUUAAUCUCGGCACCCUCCUCUCAGUCCGAUCUAUUGCCUCUCUGAUCAACUUGUUGAAGAGCUGCAAGAAAUCCUCUAAAACAGCUGAAAAAUGCAGUGCCCUUUUGGAAUCAUUGGUGACCUUCGAUGAGGGGAGGACUGCUUUGACAGCUGAGGAAGGUGGAGUUCUCACGUUAGUUGAAGUUCUCGAGGAAGGCUCUCCCCAAAGUAGGGAGCAUGCGGUAGGAGCCCUCCUGAAAAUGUGUGAAAGUGAUCGCUGUCGAUAUAGAGAAGUAAUUCUUGGAGAAGGUGUGAUUCCUGGUCUUCUCGAGCUCUCUGUUCAGGGGACACCCAAGUCUCAAUCAAAAGCUCGUGCACUCCUACAGUUACUGAGGAACUCCCCAUAUUCAAGGUCGGAAUUGCAGGCAGACACUCUCGAGAACAUAGUGAGUAACAUUGCCUCUGAGAUAGACGGCGACGAUUGUACAGGUAAGGCGAAGAAGAUGCUGGCUGAGAUGGUGCAGGUAAGUAGGGAGCAGAGCUGGAGGCAUUUGCAGCGAAGGGCCUCCAUGCGCGCUCCAACCGGGCUGUCUCUUGGCAACUGCCCUUCUGAAGUCCCAUCAAAAUGAUCGAUCGCUUCAUUUUGGUUUACUGUCUGUUAUCUUUUUAUAAGAAACAGAUUCCAAAAAUAGAGGAAAUAAGGUAGUAGGAUGAUGCCAGUCCAGGCCAUGAUGGUAUCAGGUGACUGGUGGAAUUGUUGAUAUUUAGUGGGUCCUAUGUUGUUUUUUUACGUUUGUGUGGUGUCGUGGAUGAAGUGUUGACAGAAUAAUAAACACUCAGCUUCUUUGUGCAAUAGAAUGUCUGUUUCGCCAGGUUGUUUCUUGUGUUUUAAACAUUGUAAUACCACAAGAUUCAUUUCAAACAUUUAUGAAUAGUUGAACCAAGUCAAUGCUCUGUU